UUGUUCGUUCUUACAGUGGACGACAAGAAAGUGGAGUUUACCUCGCCACCAAGUCGCUCAAAACACGAGGCCAAGGAAUAUGCUGCGCAUGAGUUGCUGAGAUCUCACUUUGACAUUGAUCCUCCGGCUGUGGCUGCUGAAAGACCUCCCGUAGUGGAGCAACCCGUACCUCCGUGCCAGAAGCUGCAUGUACUGCUUGCCAAGCAGAAUAGAUCGGUAACUCCAAAUAUCAAGUACGAAGAUCUGGGUCUCGCUGACGACACUGUAAGCCAAAUGGGAACCAUUUUCAAGUAA